UCAUAUAGUGUCGAAUACAAGAAAGGUCAUCACAAGAAUCAUCGCAUAAAUUAACCAUAGCUACCCGCUGAACAAUUUCCUAAUACUAUCAAAAAAACAAGGAUCGAUUUCCAAGGCACACAGCAGAAGAUGGAAAACGGGCAUGGAGGAUCUGCAAAGACUGCCGGGAAGGUCAUCUCUUGCAGAGCUGCUGUUGUACAUGGCCCGGGAGAGCCUUUUGUGGUGGAAGAUGUACGUGUCGAUCCCCCUCAAAACAUGGAGGUGCGGAUCAAGAUCCUCUUCACCUCCAUCUGUCACACUGAUCUCAGCGCUUGGCAAGGCGAGAAUGAAGCACAGAGAGCAUACCCACGAAUUCUGGGGCAUGAAGCUUCCGGGAUUGUUGAGAGCGUGGGUGAAGGUGUGACGGACAUGGAAGCAGGGGACCAUGUGGUGCCAAUCUUCAAUGGAGAGUGUGGAGACUGCGUAUACUGCAAGUGCGAGAAAACUAAUAUGUGCGAGAGAUCUGGGGUGAACCCCUUCAAGACGGUGAUGGUGAGCGACGGGAAGAGUCGGUUCUCCAGUAAAGAAGGGAAGCCCAUCUUCCAUUUUCUCAACACCUCCACUUUCAGCGAGUACACCGUGCUCGAAUCCGCCUGCGUCGUCAAGAUUGACUCUCAGGCUUCCCUCAAGAAGAUGACAUUGCUCAGCUGCGGUGUUUCUACCGGAGUUGGAGCUGCAUGGAACAGUGCCAAUGUCAAAGCCGGCUCAACCGUGGCAAUUUUUGGUUUGGGUGCUGUGGGGCUCGCUGUUGCUGAGGGGGCACGGGCACGAGGAGCAUCGAGAAUAAUUGGUGUUGAUAUCAACCCCAACAAAUUCAUAAAAGGUCGAGUGAUGGGAAUCACGGACACUGUAAAUCCAAGUGAAAUCAAGAAGCCGGUGAAUGAGAUUAUUAGGGAAAUGACAGGAGGAGGCGUGGAUUAUAGCUUUGAGUGCGCAGGCAACUUGGACGUUCUAAGGGAGGCAUUCUCGUCAACACAUGAGGGAUGGGGAUUGUGUGUGAUAUUGGGAAUUCAUCAAACCCCAAGACUUCUUCCUCUCCAUCCAAUGGAAUUGUUCAAUGGUCGCAUGAUAAUCGGUUCUGUCUUCGGAGGCUUCAAAGGGAAGUCCCAACUGCCUCAUUUUGCCAAAGAAUGCAUGAACGGGGUGGUGAAUUUAGACGAGUUUAUUACGCACGAGCUUCCAUUUGAGAAGAUAAACGAGGCAUUUCGGCUGCUCGUGGAUGGGAAGUCAUUGAGAUGCCUUCUACACCUUUAAGCUAGCCUUUCUUGCAGGCUGACAUAAAGGGCAAUCAGAGGGAAUUUACAGGCGUGCCUAUUCUACAUUACUACUCCAAAUAGACCAUAUUUCGAGUCUUUAAUAAUAUCAUUUGGAUGUACUAUUUUACAGUACCCUCCUUAUUUCCUUAUUGUAUUUUGAAUUAAUCAUAUCAUUCUAUGCU